UAGGUAGACAAAUGCUAAAACAUUGACACACACACACAACAUACACCACACAUUGUUCAUAUGGCCUGGACUUCUCUGAACAUAACUAAUACAACACACACUCACACACACACUCUACUGUCUCCCACUCUCUCUCUCUCGCGUUAUGAAUGAGAAAUCUAUUCCAUAAGGAACAACAUGAACAACAACUUUAACUAAUAUACUGACUGAUUCAGUGUUGUAUUUUCACAACACUAACCCACGUAUUCCUGGUCAUAUUAGACAACCGUUUGUUGUUGCUGCUGUUAUCGACAUCGUCUACAUUUUCUUCCUUUCUUUUUUUUUUUUUUUUUUUUGUGGGGAAGCUAUACUUUCAGUCUUUUAACUAUCAUCAUUCUGUAGCAAACCAUCGGCACGUUGGUUUGUGUGUGUGUGUGCGUGCGUGUGUGUUUUUCUGUUAUUUAUUUUUCGUGGAGAAUAUUUCUUCCAUCUCUCCUAGGAUAUUAUAUUUGCUUUGUUUUCCUCUUUUAUCAUACUGGAAUUAAAGAAGAAAAAAUUGGUUGUGUGUGCAUGUGUGUUGCUGUAGAAGAAGAAAAGGCGGCGAACGUGCCAUGUGCAAGAUGUGAUGGUUGGGAACAUGCAACUUUAAGCCCAAAGACUGUUGCAACAACAGCAGCAGCAGCAGCAACAUUAACUACAACACUGGCGGCAGCAGCGGCAGCAGCAACACUGGCAGCUUAUUACGGUCGCACUGUGCCAAACUCGAAAGACAUGAUUCCUGCUUUGUUCUAUAUGGAUUAAAGUUUAGUGAUGGCCACUUGCAAUAAUCUGCAAUGUGUGGAUAAGCAGAGCAUUGAGGGUGAUGCUGCCAGUGACAGCGCCAGUGAUAUUUACAAACCACCAUCCAAUUAUUCCACAUAUUCCCAAGAGGUAAAAUAUAUUUUUGAUCCAACAUGCAGUCUUCCUCACCAGGACUAUUCUUAUAUAAGAGCUGGCAACAAAAAUGGCCGCUUGUCUAGUUCUAUAAAUGGCCAACUAAUGACUACAUCCAGUUAUUGUGCACGAUCUUCUGGGUGCCAUUCCCGGAGUAGUAAUUACCAAAUGGUCUCCUCCCAUUAUCACAGUCUUGAAGAAUGCUACAAACAAGAAACCCGGUCCCCUUUCUCUGCUUUAAAAGUCUCAAAUGUGAGAAACAGCUCUGAAGAUUUAAAUUAUAGUCAUCCAAUACGAGUUGACUGCAGAGAUAGCAAAGAUUCUGGACCGCCAAAACUAGCUCCUGUUAGUGGCAUAUUGACAAGAGCACCAGGGAAAGGUCUUGUCCGACCAAUUGCUUUCAAACCAGUAGUAUCCAACCGAUAUGUAAAAAGAAGCAAUAGUCAGAGUUACCAUGACCAGAAACAUCCUACGAUGGAUGAUGGAUAUGGGUCACAAGAGUGCAAUUUGCUUAAUCAGAGCUCUGCAAAUGUAUUGCCCAGCUCUCAUCCAGCCAACAACAGUGACCCGUCCAACAGUUUUUCUAGUGAAUUGCGGACUUCUGACCAUGCAGAUCCUCUCCGAACAUCAAGCGUGAGUCAUUUGUCCAGCAGUCGACUAGGAAACUGUAUAGACACACCUUCUCCUAGUGACAGUGGUGUUGGAGAAUUGGAGGCCAUGUUGAAAGAAAAAGAACAUGAAAUAAUGGCUCUUAGAGAAGUAAUGGAUAAGAAUGAAAGAGCUAUAUUCCAAGUCUAUGAAGAACAAAAGAAUUUAUGGCACAACGAACUUAAGGACCUCAAAGAAGAAUAUGAAAAGCGAAACCAAGUACAACAAAAGAAAUCUGCCAAGUAUGAACAAACAGUUGGAGUGCAAGUUCAGAUUCUGCAACAAGAAAAGAAUAAACUACAAGAGAUUUACAAUGAAUUGUUGAAAGAAAAAGAAAGUUUAUUACAUAAAACUGAAGAGUUAAAAAAACAGUUGGAGUUCACAAAAUGUCAACUAGAAAUAUCUAGAUCUGAGUUGCAGAAAACUACUGAGUAUUCACAGAAAUUAUUGAAAGCGAGUCAUAGAACAAACACUCUGAAGGCUCAAAAGAAAAACAGCAUGGAUAAUUCAGACAAAGCAGCUGAUGAGGCUUCUGGGGAAGAAGUCCAUUCACAUAGAAUGAGUCUUGUUGCUUGUUCUCAUGCAAAUUAUUCCAUAGAACACUGUGAUGUUGCUUGCCAGACUGAAAAUUUGUCAGACAAUAUGGCUUAUGGCUGUGCUGAUCCAUCUUUGUGUUCAGUAAGGAGCAAGCUAAUUGCUGAACUGCAAUGGGAACUACAGCAAUAUAAAGAACAAGUAGGUAUGCACAAGAAAGACUUCGAGCAUGAACGAGAUCAAUGGCUUGAAGAAAAAAGUAAGGUGAUUCGCUAUCAGAAGCAGUUGCAGCUCAACUACAUCCAAAUGUUUCGUAAAAAUAAAAAUCUUGAGGCAGAAGUUGAGCAGCUGACUCUUGAUCUUGAGAAUAGAGACUUAAAACUUUUAGCCCUAAAUGGUGCUGAAGAGUCUGUUUGCUAGUCACCUUCCAAUUUCAGACUCUUAUCAAAACCAAGUAUUAAAUUUUAGACUGUACGCUUAGUACUUUUUUAAUUUCACAUUCUAUACACUUUGCUGCUUCUGACGCUCCUGUUUUCAUCUUUUUUUUCUUUGUCAUCUAAGAUUUACAAGAUAAGGAUGGUCCUAUAAGGAUUAUCUAGUCACUAUGAUUAUCAUUAUCUUUACUUAAAAUUAUUAAUGUUAUGAUUAUCAUUAUUAUUAUUAUUAUUAUUAUUAUUGUUAUUGGAGAGACACAAUAUCCAAUCAUGUGUUCAUAUCCCACAGUAGGCAUUGUCUUGUGUCCCUGGGCAAGACACUUAACUCCACUUGCCUAAGACUUCAUGCCUGAUUAAGAAAUUGUUAUUGUUAUUAUCUAUUUUUUUUACUAAAAAAACACAACAGAAAAAUCAAAGUAAAUAAUUAUUUAACAUAUUCUA